CUCCCAAUCUGUCUUAUAAACUCUAAGAUAGACAGAACUGGGGUGUAGGAUUUGGGGAGGUCAGGGACAGGAAGAGGAGCAGAGGUAAAGCCUAAGCCAGGUUAGGAUUUUACAAGCUCAAGGUUCUCUUCAGUUUCACACAGACAGCCCUUUAGCUCUAGCUGGAAAAAUAAAUGGAAUCAAAAGGGUAGCGGAAGACUCAGAGAUAGCCUGAUCAAGAGGCAAGGCAGAGUUGGUGUUUCUGAGGGAUGUAGAGUGAACUCCUGAGCCCCCAGCUAAAGAUCAGAGCCAUUCUGGGGUCUGCUGCUGGAUUUAAAACUCACUGUUACAAAUUGCCUGCUCGCAGUAUUAGAGAGUGGGGAUUGGCAGAACACCGUCAGCCAGGACGUGGUUGGUUUCUGGCAUGAGACAUCAACAGAGCACAUGUUGGUCCUAUGGGUCACUGACGCCGUGAUGGGAGGGAUAGGGCCGUGGGCUCCUGAGCAGUAAAAGCAAUGGCAGCCUCGUGAGUUGCUUGGUGUGUUACACGUGGAAAUGGCUAGAACAAUGCAAUAUUCACAUCACCUGCCCAGAACACGAGAAUUUCGCUAUUCAUCAGGCCAUGCUCUAGGCGCCAGGCCCAGUCCUAGACACUGGGCAAGUUCCCAACAGUAGACAGAGGCUCCCUGCCCUCCAAGUCACCCAGGCAAACUUGCCUGGCCCUAUUUUUAUCAUGGCCUGUGCCCAUGCCUGGCACCAAAGUGUUUACAUGCCUCCCUUGCUCCCGCCAAAACCUCAGCCUAGGAAGGCAGAGCUUUUUGUUGGUUCUGUCACGCUCCAUUCUGGCACUGGGUUGGAGUGGUUAGUAAAUAUUGUUUGAAUGAAGACUUGGAGCCAGAGGCAGGCAGAAUUCAAACAAAAUCUUGUCAGGCUGGCUUUGGAUAGGUGCUAGGAGGAAGCUGGUGUGUUUUUAUAGUCUGAGAAUAAGGAUGAUUGUGUAGGUGGCCAGAAACGCUCUAAAGAAAAUAACUUAGAGUCAUACUAGAAAGAGCAGCCUGUAUCACCAAGGGGUGACUGCACACAAAGCUCUCUCUAACCUUGAAAAGGUGGCUUUCUAGAAGGGAAGCCAUGCUCCCAGAACAAGGAAGGGUGCUGAGGAAGGCCUGGGUGAGACAGGGGCAGCAGCCAGCAGGAACCUUCAAGGAAGCCACACUUUCGAGUGCUUGCUGAGCACAGUACUGAGUGGAGCAGAGCGAACUGUGGGAGGCUGCCCUGAGCUGUUUUACCAUCUUGGCAGUUGCUAGCCCCGUGGAGAACAUUGACCUUAAAGGCAACGGGGCACUCAGAUUAGGAUGGAAUGACGCUUGAGUUGGAGUCAAGCAUGUUGUUUGCAAGUCAAGUCCGUUCAGACCUAGUCCUCCUGAGAGAAUGUGACCCAGUCCCUAGGCCUGCAAUAUUUCAAUCAGACCCCACAUCCCAUUGUCUGGCCAAGCUGUAUUUUGAAAGGCUGUGGGCCUAGCUGGAACCUGGUGCCUCAGAGCUGGGCCUAGUCUUGGGGGAGGGGUGUUUGCCGGUUGCCAAGGUACCCGGGUUCCGACCUCUCGCAGUGGCCACAGCCAUGCUGUACUCACUGUUCUUAGUGCCAUCAUUGUUUCUGCUGGCAAUGCCUGUCCCCAGCCGUGCCUGGUCACGGCCCCUCUGGUACCAAGUAGGGCUGGACUUGCAGCCCUGGGGCUGCCAGCCAAAUAGCCUGGAUGACUGCACCUCCACUCUGGGCUGCCCUGGCUACUGGAUGGCCCUGGGAGGAAAUCGCAUCUACCCCGUGGCUGGAAUUACGAUCACCACCACCAUGAUGUUGGUCGUCAGCCGUGUGCUGAUGCACCGGUGGCGGUCUCAGGACCCUAAGGGUCAGCUCCCACAGGUGACCUCUGGCUCCUGCAGACACUGGAAACGGCAGGCUACUGUCUCAGACCGCACCCUGGUCCUCAGGGUCCUCCAUAUGCUGGAUGCCAUCCUGCUCCACAUUGAGAGCCACCUGCAACGGCUGGCUUCCCAGCAACUCCAAAUAAAAGGGGCUCCCGCCCAGUCUGGGUGAUCCUGUACAUGCUUCUCUUCUUCUUUGUGUCUGUGGGACUGUCUAGGCCCUGCGGUCUCUCUCCACUGUUGGAGGCAGCAGGGCAGCUGGGCGGUGGUCCCUGGCACCACUGUCCCCCCACUGGGGCAGCACCCACUCCUUUGUUUCCAGUCAUGCCCUUGUUUCACCUCAAGGAGGUGGGUGGGCUCACUCAGAACUUAAGACCCACCACCAGAAAGCACCUGGCUUGGGUUCCUUCUCCAGCUUUUCAUAUCUCUCCCAGAGGGGGUCACUGCUCUGGGUCCCCAGUAGUUGGGACUCCUUAAGAUCCUUGACUCAUAUCCAACUUCCAAACUCUAACUCUAUCCUCACUCCCAGCUCAGGCCCCUAGAGCCCUGAGCUCAGGCCGCUCAGGUAUCCCUAGCUGCCUUUAUUUGUGUGGCAACUUCAGACAUUCUCUGGUGCCAGAUUGACUCCAAGAUCCCUGUCAAAAGAGUGAGAGUUGAACUACCUCAAAGGAUCCUCAUUCUUUUCCUCCCUUUCUCUACCGUGGAUGAUCCAGGUUGUGUGGGUCCCAGGGACUAGGCAUUUUUAUGGUACUGUGUUUUAGA